UGAUCAUAAGAAUAAUAUAUAUAAAUAUUUCAUAUACAUAUGAUUUUUUUUUUCCCGCUAAGAUCACAGAAUGGCCUCUCAGAUUCACAUAGAUUCAUUGUUGCAGAAAUGCAACUCUCUCAUUCACAUGAAACAACUUCAAGCCCAUCUCAUAACAACCGGAAAAUUCCAAUUCCACCCUUCCCGCACCAAGCUCCUCGAACUCUUCUCAAUCUCUCCCUCCGGCGACCUCUCUUUCGCCGGCAAACUUUUCCGGCAAAUCCAAAACCCCUCUACAAACGACUACAACGCCGUUCUCCGUGGCCUCGCCCAAAGCUCCGAACCAACGCAGGCCAUUCUAUGGUAUCGCAGCAUGCUACGCUACCUUCAAAAGAUCGAUGCUUUGACGUGUUCCUUCGCACUCAAGGGAUGCGCGCGUGCUUUAGCUUUCUCCGAAGCAACCCAGUUGCAUUCUCAGCUUCUGCGUUUUGGGUUUGAUGCUGAUGUGUUGUUAGUCACCACUUUGUUGGAUGUGUAUGCGAAAACUGGUUAUCUUGAUGAUGCAACUAAGGUGUUUGAUGAAAUGCCGCAACGAGAUAUUGCUUCUUGGAAUGCUAUGAUUUCUGGGUUGGCGCAAGGGAGUCGACCCAAUGAAGCUUUGGAUUUGUUUAACAGGAUGAAGGAAGAGGGAUGGAAGCCUAAUGAGGUGACUGUUCUUGGCGCACUCUCGGCUUGUUCCCAAUUGGGUGCUUUAAAACAGGGAGAAAUUGUUCAUGGGUAUGUUGUGGAUGAGAAGCUUGAUGUGAAUGUGAUUGUUUGUAACGCGGUUAUUGAUAUGUAUGCUAAAUGUGGGUUUGUUGAUAAAGCUUAUUCGGUUUUCAGUAGCAUGAGUUGUAGGAAAAGUCUUAUCACUUGGAAUACAAUGAUCAUGGCUUUUGCGAUGAAUGGCGAUGGAUAUAAGGCACUUGAUCUUUUGGAUGGAAUGUUUUUAGAUGGAACAUGUCCGGAUGCGGUUUCUUAUCUUGCUGCGUUGUGUGCGUGUAACCAUGCUGGAUUGGUGGAUGAAGGGGUUAGAUUGUUUGAUUCGAUGAAGGUUUCCGGGGUGAAACUUAAUGUUAAGCAUUAUGGGAGUGUGGUGGAUUUGUUGGGUCGAGCGGGAAGGCUCAAAGAGGCGUAUGAUAUUAUAAACUCCAUGCCUGUGUCACCUGAUGUGGUUUUUUGGCAAAGUUUGCUUGGAGCUAGCAAGACUUAUGGGAAUGUGGAAAUGGCUGAGACGGCGUCAAGGAAGCUGGUGGAGAUGGGAUCCAACAGUUGUGGGGAUUUCGUGUUGCUAUCGAAUGUUUAUGCAGCACAACAGAGGUGGAAGGAUGUAGGGAGGGUGAGGGAGGCUAUGGUAAAUAGCGACGUCAGGAAGGUACCGGGAUUUAGUUACACAGAAAUCGAUUGUAAGAUGCACAAGUUUAUAAAUGCCGAUCAGAGUCAUCCGAAUUCCAAAGAGAUAUAUGCAAAGCUGGAUGAGAUCAAGUUUAGGAUUAAAGCUUAUGGAUAUAUAGCUGAAACUAAUCUCGUAUUGCACGAUAUCGGUGACGAGGACAAGGAAAAUGUCUUAAAUUAUCAUAGUGAGAAGUUGGCUGUUGCAUAUGGUUUAAUUAGUACAGUUGAUGGAACACCAAUUCAAGUUAUAAAGAACCUUAGAAUAUGUGUGGAUUGUCAUGCUUUCAUGAAAAUUAUAUCAAAAAUUUAUAAUAGGGAGAUUAUUGUAAGGGAUCGAGCGCGAUUUCACAGAUUUAAAGACGGUGUAUGCUCUUGCAGAGAUUAUUGGUAAAAUUAAAAGCAAAUGCUUACUGUGUAUAUUUUUGAAGGAAGCAAGAGUAGUCAAUUUCUCACAGGCUGUGACUAGUACAUCUCAGGAACUGUCUCCUGUUACAGGAAAUGAAGAUUUCAUAUGAUCCCAGCCAGCAUUUCAUUCGCAUGAAGGUAGCAAUGUUUCCAUUUCUGAACAUGUUACUCUUAAACUUCUUGCCACAUCUUCCUGUCAUAUAUUUGACACAAUUUAAUCUGUUAUGGUACACCAAUAAAUCCUGCAUUGCUAAGGAAUCAAGGCUAAUAGUAGUGUAUCAAUAUCCUCACUCCUCAAGUCAUUGAGACUUGUUUUAACUAAAGACUAAACCGUGAGGGUUUACACAAGACCCAAAGCGGAUAAUAUAACAAAAAAGGCAUACAGUGUAGUUAAGGUCGGAACAAUCUGAUAUUUCUGUGCCUUUUCUCAACCCUUACAAACUGCAAAGGGGAGUUGUGAUUCUUGAGUGUAACCUGCAAUUGACACCAUAUUAAUCACCAUAAUAAAGAGUGAGACUAAAGUAGAUACUAUGAAGCUCCUAGGGCUUGUCAAAAUGGUGAUUGUGGUCUCCCUCAAAGGCGCGUUGGUCGGUUGUGUUUUGAUUCCAACAAGGGAGUAUUGAUACAAGUGCGCUUUGUGUUUAUUCUUAGUCAUCCAUUUAUUUAUGCACAUUCUUUGAUUAUUGUAUUUUGAAUAGGCAUGUAAGAUUUUUAAUAUCUACAAUCUUAUAUUCAUGAAUAAAGUCAGACUUAUGAGGAGUUGGAAUAUCCAAGCAAGCAAGUUCAUAAGUUCUUGUAGUCCUCUUAAAGGUAGAAUGAUAUCUCCAUCCUAGUUGAUGAAAGUUGAGACAGAUUUUGUAAAUCAUUUUAUAGUGUGUUUGGUGUUGCGAUGGGUAAUCAAUAAAUUUGCUUUAAUUGAAGCUUGUCAUUUGUAAUUUUAUUAUCAGUAAUGUUCAGUGACUUCGCGGAUAGAACAAUUUCCAAACAUAUAAUUAGUUAAUGAGAUUGAGAGAUUUUUCUUGUAUUAAUGUAAAUCCUAGAGAUAUUUUUCUUGAUU